AUGAAGAUAAUUGUUUUACUGUUUUCGCUAAUAACUUUUUGUCAAUCCUCCCCUGUGGUUCUAUAUAGGGAGGUUGCUCCAGGUGAGUGGGAACCCGAAAUAGUAACAAACAGUUUGAGUGGCUACAACAUCAGUGAGGAUGAUGUUAAGAUAUAUUUCACAUCUCAGUCUCAUCAAGGUAACCUGAAACGAGUAAAUCUUAAUAAUCCAAUAGAAGUAAAUAACGAUGGGUAUUCAAAUGAAAAGGAUACCGUCUUCAUUAUCCAUGGUUGGCAAAACGAACACAAGUCCCCAAUCUGCGAAGAAAUAACAGAAGCUGUUCUAAAAGUCAAGGAUGCCAACGUUUUCGUUGUCGAUUGGAAAAAUGUCGCUAAGCAAGUGUAUCCCCUCGCACAAGCUGCUGUGGACGAUGUUGCAAAAACUGUCAGCCGACUUAUUGUUAGUUUAAUAAAUUAUAAUGCAUUGGAUUUGAAUAAGACGUUCAUUGUUGGACACUCUCUUGGAGCUCAUGUCGCUGGAUUCUGUGGAGCUAAUCUUAAAGGAAAGAUUAACCAUAUAGUGGGUUUAGAUCCAGCUCUUCCUCUGUAUGAAUUGGCUAACAAGGACGCUCGUCUAGAUCCCUCUGAUGCACAAUUUGUUCAAGUUAUCCACUCAUGCGCAGGAGUAUUGGGCUUUAACAGAAAUAUAGGACAUGUAGAUUAUUGGCCCAAUGGUGGCAGUAACCAACCGGGGUGUGGAGGACUCUUGGAUGUUGGAGGUGCUUGCUCUCACGCUAGAUCCUACUACUAUUUUGCGGAAUCUAUAGUAUCUGGUGGAUUCCUCUCGCACAAAUGUGACAGCUACAGGCAUUUUAAACAAGGAAAAUGUAAAUCUAAACCUACUUCGUUUAUGGGUGGAUAUGACCUUGAUAAACAAUCAAAUGGUACCUACUAUUUGUUAACUGGUAGUGAACCACCUUUUGCCAAGAACUGAUUAGACAUUUAUAUUACAUAUUUAGUUAAAUAAAUAUUAAAAACAUAAACAAAUA